AUGGACCAAACGCAGCAGCCCUCAGAUGCGCUCGUGCGUAAAAGAUCCGCUGAGAUGGCCCUCAUGCCGCCUCCACCCCAAGCGAAGAAAAUCAAGCGGCCCAAAAAGGUGCUGGACGAGGACUCAUACACAGAGGCACUAUCGCAUAUCAUCGCCAGAGACUAUUUUCCCGGACUUUUGGAAACAGAGACAAAGCAGGAAUACUUGGACGCCUUGGACUCAAAGGAUCAGGCAUGGAUAUCAAGCGCAGGAAGGAGGUUGGAGCAAGUUCUGACUCCAGGUCGGGGCACGGGCACAUUGCCGACCUUUCCACGGCGUGGACUUGAUGAGGGCCGCACGCCCACGACAUUCGUGGGGGACACGCCAGCUUCCGAGGCCACCGCACCAUUGUCGAGCGCACGCCCUCGCCUGGACAUGCAGAUGAGCCUGUCCAAAUUCCAGCAAACAUAUACGAGCGAGGACAAUGAGAGUUUCUACAAACUCAUUGACAAGCAAAACCAAAAACGAGCCGAUAAAUACGCCUGGCUCUGGCGAGGCAACAAGUUGCCCUCCAAGCAAAUGAUCAAGCAAAAAGAGGUUCAAGAUCGGUUGGCUUCAGAGGGACGCCUGCUGGAUGAUGGGUACAGGAAGCGGGAUCGGCUGGCUAUCAAGGAUAACGAUGACCGGCCCGCUCGCCCAGACAGCUGGCUCGCGGCGCCACGGAACAACUUUAUGUUUGUACCAGAUGGCGUUGAGACGAGGGCUGGUGCAGCUACAGCAGAGGAAGGUUCUUCAUCUCGUGGGAGGUCGAGUAGCCUCAUUGUUCGCGAGAACACGCGGAUGCCAGUGCCACAUGUGCCCGAGCGACCGCCAUCGCCAUCCGCCUCGUCUAUCAGAGACGCUGUGGCUGGACGACCGCGGGCCCGGGAUCAGGACUCAAGCGUGGCUGGCGGAGAGACGCCUAGAGUCAAUGGCUAUGCCUUUGUCGACGACGAGGACGAUGGGCCAGAGGCUGCAACACCCGCACCUGUGAUCAAUCUUGGGCCGGGAGAUACUAACAAUCCCUUCAAGGUACAAGACCUUGGAAAGAGAGAGUCCCUUCGAGACCGCAUGGUUGAGCGUAUCUCGAAUUCCAAGAAAUCAGCCUCCCGCAAUGGCCUGACGGGCCGAGUGGACAGCACACCGGUUCCCAAGUUUCCCAGCAGCCCGAGCGUCAAGGGAAACCUCACCCCAGCUGCGCAACGAUUAUGGAGCAGGAUCGGGACGCCCAGUGGGAGGUCAUCAGGUGGCUCGUUUGGGCAGUCGACACCGAUGAAGCCCAGAGGCUCAUUGCUCCGCAGUGUCUCUCGGGCAUCUCAACGCGAGUGA